CCAGCGCAGCACCGCACGCACCACUUUGGAAGUCGCCGAAGAGCUUCGGUUUGAUCAGCCUUAUCCUCGAUAUCCUGAAGACCCCGAAACCGUGCCCGUGUCCCAGAGGAACAUUCAAUGCGCCGUGUGCAACGAGGAGACCACAGUUCCGGGUACUUCCUAUGUUGAGUGUAUUAGCUGCGGGAUCUAUCACGUUGACUGGGUCUGCUACCGGAUGAUGCUUGCGGACCGCGGUCUGGACGCUACUUGUCGUCAGGUGGGGCUUGAUCAACGUCAC